UUAAUUAGUGCUUCCUUUCUCCGGUAGAAUCAGUAAAAAUGGAAGACGACGGUGACCUCGAAGUCGGAGAAAUCAUGGAAGAACAACCAAUGACCGACGAUCAAUCGAACUAUUACUCUUGGCCGCCGGCGAUUCGUUUCGAUGUUCCUCCCCACAAAACCUACCAUUUUUCUACACAUUUUAGAGCAUCGUCUAACCCUAAUAACUUUCUCAAGGGCGUUAAAUGGUCACCGGAUGGUUCCUGCUUUUUGACGAGCUCUGAUGACAAUACUCUUAGUCUAUUCACAUUACCAGAUUAUGAAAGCUGUACAGAUGAAAAAGCUUGUUCUUCAGCUGCUCUUGAAGAUUCGUUUCCUCCAAAUCUUGUUAUGACCGAGGGAGAAGCCAUAUAUGAUUACUGCUGGUACCCUUACAUGUCUGCUUCAGAUCCGGUCUCUUGUGUGUUUGCAACUACCACUCGGGAUCAUCCUAUUCAUCUUUGGGAUGCUAGCACAGGCCAGCUACGUUGCACAUAUCGGGCAUACGAUGCCAUGGAUGAAAUAACUGCUGCCUUCUCUGUUGGUUUCAACCCGACAGGAACAAAGAUAUUUGCUGGCUACAACAAAUCCGUCAGGAUAUUUGAUAUUCAUCGCCCUGGUAGAGAUUUUGAACAACAUUCAACCAUCCAAGGAAAUAAGGAAGGACAAUCAGGUAUCAUAUCUUCUAUUGCCUUUUCUCCAAGUCAUACAGGGAUGCUUGCUACAGGAUCCUACAGCCAAACCACAGCAAUACAUAGGGAAGAUAAUAUGGAACUUCUAUAUGUCCUACAUGGUCAAGAAGGUGGGGUUACACAUGUUCAAUUCUCCAAAGAUGGGAACUAUCUUUAUACAGGGGGACGAAAGGAUCCAUAUAUACUAUGCUGGGAUAUACGCAAGACUGUUGAAAUUGUAUUCAAGUUAUAUAGAUCAUCAGAGACUACCAAUCAGCGGAUACAGUUCGACACUGAUCCAUAUGGUCGACAUCUUGGUACUGGUGGCCAGGAUGGUUUGGUUCACAUAUAUGAUCUUCAAACGGGUCAAUGGGUGUCGAGUUUUCAAGCUGCAUCAGAUACUGUUAGUGGUUUCGGUUUCCAUCCAUUUUUGCCCAUGGCCGCCACUUCAUCAGGACACCGGAGAUUUGGACCUCUUGAUGAGUCUGAUGAAGAUUUGAGUUCAAUUUUGCGAGAUGACGAGAAUUGUGCUUCGGUAUGGAGUUUCUCUGUUUAUUCCCCCGAGGAUUAUGCUGCAAAUGUGGACCCUGGAGACUCGAAUGGUCAAUCUGAUCGGGAAAAUUCAUUCCCGGACCCUUGACGACAGUUUAUGUUCUUCGUUACAGGGUAUAACCGGAUAUAAAAAAUGAAAACGUUUAAAGGCCUGGUUCUUUUGGUCGGUCCAUGUGACUGGAGUUUUCAAUGCCGGGUCUUUUAGGGUGCGUUUAGUAUGGGAGAUAGGAAACAAGAAAGAUUUGUUGUCCCACAUUUGGUGUGAUAUUUAGAUUUGGACAUGACAACACUGAGUGGCACAAAAUUGUAUUUUUUUUGUCCCAUCAAAAUAGGUGGAACAAAAUUCAGGGAGAUGGGUAAAGAUUGGUAAAUUACUAAACUAUUUUUGUCAAUUUAGAACUGUAAAACCUUACACAAAUCUUUCACAUGCCUACCUUAUUCUCACACAUCUUGUUCUGUCUGCGUAUCAAUUAUCAGAUGCGUUACUGGAUCUUUUAUCUGAAAUAUAGAUUCCAUUCGACC